CUAUAUGUCUUCCUUUUCGCCCUGUCUUUAUCACCCAAAUAGUAUUCCUCUGGGAAUAUCCGGACUACAUUUUUGACUCUCAACUGUUUGCCCCCUUCACUUUCUUGAGAAAUUAGGGUUCUUGAGAUUUUUCUUUUUUUUUCUUACAUGAAUCAUCGCCAUUUCUUGCUGCCAUCGUCUUUGCAUGUCAUUUCAUGAUCUGGGUCAAUCGAUCCUCGCCCCAUUUUCGAAUUUUCAACCCGAUUUCUGAUCUGGGUCUUACUUAUUUUAUGCUUUUCAAGAACACACCCUUAAUUCUUUCGAGGGUUAUCGACUUUGGUUUUAGAUAAUUUUGCGAGUUUUUCUGUUUCGAAUGGUCUUCUGGAGGGCGUUUCUUUUUGUUUGAUUUUGUAAAUUCUCGAUGAAUUUAGAUCGAUUGUGGUGCAUAGAAACUGCUAAACUCUUGUAAUUUAUAGGGUUUUACAGUUGAAAUCUAGGGUUUUGGAAGCAAAAUGGGGAUGGGUUCUGAUUCUAUAAAAAAGAAGGUUUUGGAUGUGGAUAAAUUGAAGGUAAGCAAGAAGAAAGAAGACGAUGUUCAAGAAACAGGGUGUUGGAUUAAGUUCAGAUUCUUUGGGAGAUGCAUUUCUUCAAGGUCUAAAGUUGAGAGCUCCAUUAGUGGCAGCAGCACUCAAUAUGCUGAAAGUAAAUCUACAAAUGAUAGUAGUACAGACCAACCUGUUGCUCCGGUUGCUUCAUCUUCGACCACUAGCAAUGGUGAAAGUAUUACGUCCACUCCAAAUAUAACCGAAGAACUAAAAAUUGCUUCUCAGCUUCGGAAAUUUAACUUCAACGAACUUAAGUCAGCAACUCGGAAUUUUAGACCCGAGAGUCUCCUUGGUGAAGGUGGCUUUGGUUGCGUUUUUAAAGGAUGGAUCAACGAGAAUGGGACUGCACCUGUGAAGCCCGGCACGGGUCUAACCGUUGCGGUCAAGACUCUGAACCACGAUGGACUCCAGGGUCACAAAGAAUGGCUCGCUGAAGUUAACUUUCUUGGCGACCUCUUGCAUCCUAAUUUGGUUAAAUUGAUCGGCUUUUGCAUCGAGGAUGAUCAGAGGCUGCUUGUUUACGAGUUUAUGCCCCGUGGAAGCCUCGAAAAUCAUUUGUUCAGAAGGUCACUGCCUCUUCCAUGGGCUAUGAGGAUGAAAAUUGCGCUUGGUGCUGCAAAGGGUCUUGCUUUUCUUCAUGAGGAAGCCGAAAGACCUGUUAUUUAUCGAGAUUUCAAAACGUCAAAUAUUUUACUCGAUGCGGACUACAAUGCGAAACUUUCUGAUUUUGGACUUGCGAAAGACGGUCCGGAAGGCGAUAAGACCCAUGUGUCGACUCGUGUGAUGGGUACAUACGGCUAUGCCGCCCCUGAGUAUGUGAUGACAGGGCAUUUGACAUCAAAGAGUGACGUCUACAGUUUCGGGGUGGUCUUACUUGAGAUGAUAACCGGGCGGAGAUCGAUGGACAAGAAUCGGCCCAAUGGCGAGCAUAACCUCGUGGAAUGGGCUCGACCGUAUCUAGGUGAGAGAAGAAGGUUCUACCGGUUAAUAGAUCCCCGAUUAGAAGGUAGAUUCUCGGUAAGAGGUGCACAAAAGGCGGCUCAGUUAGCCACCCUUUGCCUUAGCCGUGACCCUAAGGCUCGACCGCUUAUGAGCGAGGUUUACGAAACCCUGAAACCGCUACCGAACCUCAAGGACAUGGCGUGUUCUUCGCCGUAUUUUCAGUCGAUGCAAUUGGAGCGGACCGGAAGCAACCCGAGUAGUAGAAACGGGUCGAAAGGGCAGUCUAUGAGGAGCCUUUCGAUUUCAAACUCCCCGUAUAACCAGAAUCAACCAUAUCGGUCUCCGAAACCGGUGCAGUAGCGGGAUCGGAGGUUGGAAUGGUGUGAAAUUGGUGAUUCGAGAUGACCUGAGAAAUCAACUGAUUGAUGAAUUGAUGAUGUUUUGUUUGUUUUAUUGAUGAAACCCUUGUUUUGUUUGCUUCUUUAGUGUUGAAAGCCUUCAUGGAUGUACUUCUUUCU